GUGGGCCUUUGCUACUAGUCUUUCUCCCCCGGGUCCUAGAGCCCGUCGGGUUCCCACAGUUUGGGCGCUUUCUCGAGCGGGCUGCCGGACUUCCCACCCCGGGAACACGGAGCUGCCGCGGGGGUCUGGGAUGUGCGAUCUGAAGCACAGGGGGACGCUGAGUCUGAGCAGACCCACGGAAGGAUGAGUACCCUCAGGAUGGCCCACUGAAGGACCCAGAUACUUCAGUCCAUCCAGCCACAUAAGUCAAUAUCUCAGAUAUUUUUAACUCAUCAAUAAGGAAGUUGUACAUCCUGAAGAAACAGAAGGUUUUUUGAAAGAGUUAGAAGACAUCAUGAGUUUAAGUAAUUCAAGUAAUUCCACUGCUGAAACUCAAAGGUUGAAGACUGCUGCAUCGGAUGUCAAACAGAUGCUUAAAAGUGAAGUCGACUUGGAUCUUACUGCUGACCUCAGAAAGAAACUCCAUCGGGCGAAGAAAGAAAAGUUAGAACUCACAGCCAAGCACAAUGCAGAGCUGGCAGGCUACGAGAGCCAGGUUGCCAGGCUGCGAUCUGAGGUUGAGAAAGGCGAGGCGUUGCGGCAGAGUCUGGAGUAUGACCUGGCUGUCUCCAGAAAGGAAGCUGGCUUUGGAAGACGGGCUGCGGAAGAGAAAUUAGCAGAGGCACAAAGGAUCCAAGAACAGCUCUGUGCUCAGAAUUCAGAACUUCAGGGAAAGGUCAACGAGAUAGAGAAAGUCUUCCAGAAUUCUCAGCAGAAGUGGAAAGAAGAGUGUAGAAGAUUUGAACAUGAUUUGGAGGAAAGAGACAAUAUCAUCCAAAAUUGCAAUAGAGAAUAUGAUGUACUGAUGAAGGAAAAAAUCCUACUGGAGAACACGCUACAGGAAUCCUUGGAAACUCAACAGCAGGCGAAGGACGUCAUAGAGUCUCAGGUCCGAGAGACAGCCCUGGAGGAGUUUCGAUUACAAGCGGAACAAUGGGAAGCAGAGAGAAGAGAGUUACAAUUUAUAGUUCAGGAGCAAGACAACGCUGUCCAAAAUAUGCACAAGAAAGUAGAAAAAUUAGAAGGCGAACACAUGGAGUGCUCUGACCUCUUACGGCGCCAAACGAGUGAACUUGAAUUUAGCACUCAGCGGGAAGAGCGUCUUAGGAAAGAAUUCGAGGCAACUACUCUGAGAGUGAGGAAAUUGGAAGAAAACAUUGAAGCAGAAAGAGCAGCGCACUUAGAAUCAAAAUUUAACUCUGAAAUCAUCCAGUUACGGAUUCGAGACCUUGAAGGAGCUUUACAAGUGGAAAAGGCCAGCCAAGCAGAAGCUGUGGCUGAUUUGGAAAUGAUAAAAAAUGAGUUCCGAGAAGUGGAAAGUGCAUAUGAACGAGAAAAGCAAAACGCACAGGAGAGCUUUGCAAAACUGAACAUAAUGGAAAGAGAGUAUUUUUCCAAAAACAAGAUAUUAACUGAAGAGAUCGAGGAACAGAAGAAAGUCAUUAUGGACUUUUCCAAGAGGCUCCAGUAUAACGAGAAAAGCUGCAGCGAGUUACAGGAAGAGCUAGUAAUGGCUAAGAAGCACCAAGCCUUCCUAGUAGAGACAUGUGAAAAUAAUGUGAAAGAAUUGGAAUCGAUCUUGGACAGCUUUUCUGUGUUGGGCCAGUGGACAUCAGGCAUCCACAAGGACAAAGAUAAAACCCCCAGCUUCUCUGUUGUCCUCGAGACUCUGAGGCGCACCUUGACAGAUUACCAGAACAAGCUGGAAGAUGCAUCUAAUGAGCUCACCAGCAUGUGCAAUGCUAAGGAAAAAGUAUUGAGUGAACUUAAUUCUACCAAACAGAAGAUAGAAUCUCACACUAAAAGCAUAAAGGACCUUCAGGAGAAACUGGUGGACGUCAACAAAGAGUUAAGUCAUUUACGCACCAAGUGCGCAGACCGGGAUGCUUUAAUAAGCACUCUAAAAGUGGAGCUGCAGAACGUGCUGCACUGCUGGGAGAAAGAGAAGGCCCGGGCAGCGCAGUCGGAAGGUGAACUCCACAAGCUUUCCCAGGCCUCCCACAGGGACUCAGAGGAGAAGCUAACCUUCCUUCAUACCUUGUAUCAGCACUUGGUAGCGGGCUGUGUGCUCAUAAAACAACCAGAAGGCAUGCUGGAUAAAUUCUCCUGGUCGGAGCUUUGUGCAGUCUUGCAGGAGAAUGUUGAUGCCCUGAUCGGAGACCUCAACAGGGCUAAUGAGAAGAUAAACCAUCUAGAGUACAUCUGCAAAAACAAGUCAGACACAAUGAGAGAGCUUCAGCAGACCCAGGAAGACACCUUUAACAAAGUGGCAGAGCAGAUCAAAGCCCAGGAGAGCUGCUGGCAUAAACAAAAGAAGGAACUGGAGCUGCAGUAUUCUGAACUCCUCCUGGAGGUGCAGAAAAGGGCACAGAAAUUUCAAGAAAUUGCUGAAAAAAAUGUGGAAAAAUCAAACUUUAUAGAGAAGUCCCAUGAGCAGUUGGUUCUUGAGAAUUCACAUUUCAAAAAUGUGAUCUCCCAGACCCACAGGGAGCAAACGUCCUUGCUGGCCGCCUGUGCACUGAUGGCCGGGGCCCUGUACCCCCUCUACAGCCGGUCCUGCGCCUUGUCUACGCAGAGAGACUUUCUCCAGGACCAGGUCAACACAUUUGAGCUGUUUAAAUUGGAAAUCAGAGCGAUAGCCCACGCUUUGUCUACUGUAGAGGAGAAGAAGCAGGAGGAAGGCAAGACCAAGAGAAAGCCCUUCAAAUGCGUGAUUCGAGUCUUCCGGAAAGGUGCCAUUGCGAUUCUGGCAGCAAACAGACUCAAGAUGCUGGGCCAAUCGUGUGCCUCUCUUUUUACCUGGAUGGAGAAUUUCAAAGACGGCAUAGGCAUGCUAGUGUGCACAGGAGAACCGAAAGACAGGCCUCCAUUUACAAAACAUCAAAAGGAGCAGUUCCGCUACUUGCAGGCCCUUAACUGGCUCACCAGCACUGACCUUCUUCACGCGGUCGUCGGGUCGAUGGUUGAAUUACAGGAAGUGAUUAGUAAAACAGAUCCGAACUCCAGAAUCUGUGGCCAUUUACUCAUAGGGGCAGCCAAGAAUUCAUUUGCAAAACUCAUGGAUAAGAUCAGGCUGGCGAUGGAGAAUAUACCUCUGCGCAGUAGGAGCAUUACGUACGUUGAAAAAGACUCCCUGGUUCAGAGGCUGGCCCGGGGGCUUCAUAAAGCGAACACGCUGGCCCUGAAGCACGGUCUGUGCGGUCACGUGCCCAUCAUGAAAAGCACCGCGUCCCUACAGAAGCAAAUAUUUGGAUUUACGCAAAGGCUCCAUGCAGCUGAAGUGGAACGCCGCUCCCUGCGUUUAGAGGUGACUGAAUUCAAACGAAAUAUGAAUGAGAUGAAAAAGGAACUAGACAAAUCCCAGAAUCUCCAAGUACAGUUAAACGAAUUUAAACAAUCAAAAUUAAUCACUCACGAGAAGUUUGAAAGCGCCUGUGAAGAACUGAAUAACGCGCUGCUCCGGGAGCAACAGGCACAGAUGCUGCUGAAUGAACAGGCCCAGCAACUACAAGAGCUGAACUACAGACUUGAGUUGCACUCCAGUGAGGAAGCUGACAAAAACCAGACUCUUGGAGAGGCUGUGAAGAGUCUCUCCGAGGCAAAGAUGGAGCUGAGAAGGAAAGAUCAAUCUCUGCGUCAGCUCAACAGACAUCUUACGCAGCUGGAGCAGGACAAGCGCCGGCUGGAGGAGAACAUUCACGAUGCCGAGAGUGCCCUCCGCAUGGCAGCCAAAGACAAAGAAUGUGUUGCUAAUCAUAUGAGAACAGUAGAAAAUGCGCUUCACAAGGUCAGAGAUCAGAUCUCGCUGUCACGGACUGCGGCAAGCAGGAAUGACUUCACCCUGCAGUUACCCAAACUGCACCUGGAGACCUUUGCCGGCGAGGGGCUCAAGGGCGGGCCAGAGGUGGUAGCGUGCCAGGCGAUGAUUAAAAGUUUCAUGGAUGUGUACCAGCUUGCAAGCUCUAGAAUUGCUGCAUUGGAGAAGGAGAUAACAUCGCAUCGGAACCACAUUGCAACCUUGAAAACGGAGCUUCACACGGCGUGUUUACGAGAAAACGAGAGCUUACAAUCAGCAGGCUCUCGAGACCACUCCAACCUCUCCAUUCCUUCCAGAGUCACUCUGCCCGCGGAGACGAUUGUCGUUGGGGAUUUUUUGCCACUGAAAGCUGAACUCGACACGACUUACGGGUUCUUAAAGGAGGCAUUCAUGAGCACAACGCCCCAGGUGCUGACGUCAUCGCUCAGCUCUCCUGUGACUGCCCCUGCUCAUGCCAAGAGACCCACGCAAAUUGGAUUAUGACUCAAGGCAAUAAAAAAACGGAGGAAGAGUGAACAGGGCCCUCGGAAGUUGUUUUGAAGGUGGGGCACGGGGUGGGGGGUCUUCAGAGCUGCUGGAAUUUGUUUCAGCACAAGUGGCAGGGAUGGUGGUGGUUGCCUUAAGUGGAGCUCUUGAUGGGUGCGGGUGUCUGUGUUUCCUUGAAUAACUAAAUAGCCAACCUUC